AAGCUGAGUGAGGAGGGGAACAUAUCAGUAGUCACAGACAGUUCAGAGUGGAGGUAGACAGAAAAAGAGACAGGGAAGCACCUUGAGUGAUGCUCCUUAAGCUGAGAUCAAUUAUUCGCUGUUUCAAAGGUUAGAAGUCAGUUUAGAGAAGUUUACUGGAAGACGGUGGUAGAUAUUUUACACACUGGUGGAGGACUGUAAUCGAAUGGGCUGUCAUGAAUUGCUCAAAUGGAAAUAAGUACCAAAAAAAUGGAAUAUGCUGUGAUCGCUGUGCUGCAGGAGAGUACGUGCGAACUGAGUGUGACAGUGAAAAGCCGACUGAGUGUGCUGAAUGUAGACGGGAAUACUUCACUUCAGCAGCUAAUCAUUUGAAAAGAUGUCAGAGAUGCCGUUACUGCGAUCCCAGUAACCACCUGAGGAAAUUAAAGGAGUGUACAGGUAAGGAGGACACGGUGUGUGAGUGUGAGGAUGGUUUCUACUGUAGCGAUCCUCAGUGUGAGCACUGCAACCCUGCCACCAUGUGCAGCGAGGGUCAAGGGGUCAAGUUUAAAGCCACUCGCACGAACAACACAGUGUGCGCUGUGUGUGAAGACGGGACCUUCAACAACGUCACAGAUUCUAUCUCCCCCUGUAGAUCACAUACCAGAUGUGAGGCGAUAGGACGAGAUCAGAAAACUGCAGGAACAUCAACAACUGAUGCUAUCUGUGGCGGCUUAAAAACCCAUUGUCCCUGGAUGUUACCGACGGGCCUGUGGUCAGGACUUGUGUUGACCGCGCUCAUCCUGUUUGGUCUUGCCUGCUGGAGGGCAAAACGCAAGUCAUACAGAACAGGUCGCUCCAGUGUUCCUGUGCCUGUGGUUGAAGUGGUUGCAGCAGUACCGAUCACUCGUCUGGAGCUGCCUUUACAUUUCACAGAGCUGAACGGUCACUGCCAGGAGAGCUGCCCCAUGGAGGACUGCAAGUUACCCCUUUUUAACGCCGAUGAUGAUCCGAUUAGUAGCAUCAAAAAAGACAGCGUGGACAUCAGCCGUCCUAUAACUCCACUGAAGGUUUCAGUUUCAUUCACUGAAUCCAACCACAUCGCCGAAAGCGACGGAUUCAGCACUGGGAACUUCCUCAGGACCUACUCAGAGCCACAGGAGGACGAGUGGUGUGGGACAUAAUCAAGUACAUGUUGUAACAGUUUACUGAGUCCCCUCUCUGCUGCAACUAGUUUCCAAACUUACACUGGAUUUAUUUAUACCAAAAACAAAAGAGCAGAAGGGUUUCUCUGUCAGGAGAGUGGAAGGUGGCUGCAGUUUGCUGCCCCCUGCAGGAGCUCAAGUGUUGUGAUAUUUCUAUGACGCCUUUACAAUGAAGCUAACAGCUAAAAGAAAAAAAAGGAUGUUUUUUUUUAAAAACACUGAUGCAGUUCUGUACUUGAAUUAGUCCAUUUGAUGUGAAGUAGUUUUUGAUACUCAUUUAACAAGUGAAGGCAGCACUGUGUGUGGUUUUCAGCUGGUGGUGGUGUCUUUCGGCUUUGAUUGUCUCUAAAGAAUAAGUAUGUUAAUGUUUUAUAUUUAAGUCUGUUAAUGUUCUAUAUAUUUCUUACUGUAGCAAAUCCCAUGAAAACUCCAAAACCAACAAUUAAUGUGUCUGUGGUCAAGCCAGUGAGCCACAAUAUUGCAAUGGAACAUGGUCAUUGUUGUUUAUUAUGCAGCUGUAAAUACGUAGUGUUAAUGUAUAUUAAUGUGACCCCAACAAAUGCUCUAUUUACUGUUGUCAAAAACUAAAGUGCCCAGGUGUUUCAGACAAUUACUGAGCCUUUUUUAACUGUUAAAGUAAAUAUUUCUUUCCUGGACCUAAGUCUUUAAAUUUACGCCUUUGUAUAAACAAAAGGACUUUUGGCACCACAGAGAGAAUAUUCAGAAACUCAACUGAGCCUGACCCAACAUUACACUUUUCAUGGGAUUUGUUGACACUAAGAAAGCUGAACUUUUAAUGUAAAUGAUGUCUUUUGUAAUUUUAAUUUAAAGUAUAUCUAAUUUAACUUAUAUUGUUCCUACAACCAGCUCUUAAUACAGCUCGAGAAUUUUACAUGAAAUUGGUAUAAGACAAAAAAAGGGAUGAAAAUACAUUUAUUUCUGUUGCCUGGAUGGCUGUUUAUCAAAUCUAUAUUGUUUUGGUGUGAGUAGAUUCAUGCUUCCUUCUGCGCCACAUACAUCUCUACAGCCACUACUCACCAAAACAAUCUAGAUUGAUACAUAUGUAUUUUGGGGUCAAUGGUGCCUUUAAAGUAUAUUGUAAUGCAAAUUUUUAGCAGUGAAUUUCAGUUUUUAUAAAACUUCAAGAUAUGCAGCAACACACUCACACACACACACAAACACAUUUAAAACUCGGAGAAUGUUGCGAUGAGUAAAAGAUGCAGCUGUGACGCCUGACAGAUGUUUGAUUUGUUUAUAACAUUGUGAAGAGUGCAAUAUGAGGACGUAUGUAGGAAUGUUUACACAAGUCAUUCUGCUCUCAGCUCUCAUUAGUACCAUCAGAAACAAUUACCAUGUACAUGUACAUAUCAGUGUUUUCACAGAUAUUCAGUCUUCUUGUGAUCCUUUAAAAUAAAGUUGAUUAUAAUAAAAAAAAAAACUAUAAACAUGAUUCAAAUCGUGUAGCAAGUUCUUAACUAGAUUCUAUGAAGAAUAAAUUCACUACAACAUAUUUGUGGUAA